UCGUCGCCGCGGCGGGCGAGCGCGGCACGAGCCAGGCGGCCCCGGGGCGUGCAGGGCGCGGAGCAGGUGGCGGCGGGGGCCCUCGCAUGCCGCUGCCCGGUGCCAGGUGCUAGCGGCGCCCGCCGCGCCUCCCGCGGGGCCGCAUCGGGCUCCGGCACGCGCGGGGACAUGUCGGUGGCCACGGGCAGCGGCGAGGCGGCCGGCGGGGCCGGUGGCGGCGGCGCGCGGGUGUUUUUCCAGAGUCCCCGGGGCGGCGCCGGCGGGAGCCCGGGCUCCAGCAGCGGCUCCUCCCGGGAGGACGCGGCGACGCCGGUGACCGCGGCCACCGCGGCGACCGGGCAGGUCCAGCAGCAGCAGCAGCAACAGCAGCAACAGCAGCGGCGCCACCAGCAGGGCAAAGUGACAGUGAAAUACGACCGCAAGGAGCUUCGCAAGCGGCUGGUGCUGGAGGAGUGGAUCGUGGAGCAACUCGGGCAGCUCUACGGCUGCGAGGAAGAAGAAAUGCCAGAUGUAGAAAUUGACAUUGAUGAUCUUCUUGACGCAGACAGUGAAGAAGAAAGAGCUUUAAAAUUACAGGAAGCGCUUGUAGACUGCUACAAACCAACAGAGGAAUUUAUCAAGGAGCUGCUAUCUCGGAUAAGAGGCAUGAGGAAACUGAGCCCUCCGCAGAAGAAGAAUGUGUAAUUUGAACACAGGGUAGAACUCUCCAAGAGGCAAAGAAGAGGGCUUGGGGCUUGGACUUCACCAAGACUUUUAUUAAAGAAUAGUUGUCCUUAACAGUAACUUUUUUUGGGGGGUGGGGGGUUAGGUAUAUCUACUAGACUAUUCAAGAGUGUUCCUUUGUUUGGGGGGUUUUGUUAGUGUAAUAUUUUAAUAGCAUAGCUAUCAUAACUCUGGUUUCAGUCCAACCAAGGAGUAUCACACCAGGCAAAUAGCCAAGGAUGAGUGGAGCUAGGUAGCAUUUUCUUGGAGAAACCAGAGAUUUUUAGGACCUAACUAUACAGGGAUGAUGGUUUUCUUAUGGCCCAUUGGUAAUAUUUUCCCCCCUUGAGUUGUACAUUUGACUCAAAUGUCAAAUUUCUCGUACUUGUAUAUAUCUACAGACGACUAAGUGAAAGUGUAGGUGUGAGUUUGACUUCACAUUGAUGGAACAAAAUUGUGGCCAUCCUACUGUGGGGAGUCAUGGACAUAUGUGUUUCUAAGAGGCCACUAGAUGUUCUUCAUGUAAGUGCUGCUGACCUGUCCAACAUUCACUGUAGGCACCAAAGUGAGAGAUUUGAGUGUAUCCAUCGUUUCAAUGAGCUACAUGACAAACGUGUGACGUUGGCCCAGGGCUUGAACUUACAGACUCGCUAUUAUUUCAUUAAUUGGGAUGCUUUGCCAGGUCAUGUACUUCUUGCCUCAUUUGUGGUAUUUUUCAAGUUUUAUGAACCCUUAGUUUGAAGAACUAUUUGGAUAGCUCGAGAAAUGCCCACAGCUCUCUGCAUGGCAUUGGGGGAAAAGGAAGCACCGUGUAGCAAUUCAUUCUCUGCUUUCAACCAAAUACUGUGUAUUGUUUUCUCUCCAUGAAAGCAGGUCAUAAAGAAGUUAGCCAAUUCACUAGCUUCCUCCUUUGAAGUAGAUUCUGGUCACUUCUGUGCCUGGGCAGCGUCAAACAAGAGUGAGGGGUCCUAGAGAGAGAAGAGGUGUGGAGGUGAGCACGACUCACUUUCUGUUUAGGAGCAUUUGCCGGUUUGGAAAUGUGGUGGAGAUGGUAAUUCUGACUUAACGGUGAGAACUCUGGCUCCUGUCCCUAGUUCUUACACCCCAAUCCUCUUAUUUGGAGCAAGGCCUGGGGUGUCUGCCCUGCCCCUCUCAGUUACAUACCAGCUCCUUAGAGAAGGAUCAACCUUCAGAUGGAUGUGGGCAGGAUCAGGGUCAGUGUUGGAACUCGUCCUUCCAUCCAUGAGGCCCUGUUGCCUCCCUGCAGAAACCCCACCUGCCCAUAAGAUGUCUCCAGGUGGCCCUGACCCAGGAUGCGGGGCCAGGCAUUUUAUAUCAAGGGUGCUCUGAACAUAUUUUAUUUUUUAAGAGAACUAUGUUUGUGAAUUUUAUGUAUACUGGCAAGCUUUUGAAAAUGUAUUUAAUUUUGUAAUGUUUACCAACAGUUUCUUUACAAGCUAUUUACUCAAAUAAAUGGAGCUGCUUACAACUCUG